ACCUAUUCAUUCCUUUCUCUCUCUCUCCUCUCUCUCCCUCUACUAAAACCUCAUACUUGAGUGAAACAAUGAAAUAAACCAAAGAGAGGCAAAGGGGGAGAAAGUGAGAGAAAGAGAGAGAGAAAGAGAGUCUCUUCAUAUACUUUUUAGGGAAUUGAUCCAUUGGUCCAAACACAUUAGAUUCAAGAAAUUAUCAAGAAAAUCUUUGGCUCAAAUGAAUUCAAACAACUGGCUAUCUUUUCCACUAUCUCCCACUCAUUCAUCUUUACCUCCACAUCUACAAACAACUCAAUCUCAUCACUUUACUUUAGGGUUAGUGAAUGAGACCAUUGACAAUCCCUUCCAAAACCAAGAAUGGAACUUAAUGAACACACAAGGAAGCAAUGAAGUUCCAAAGGUGGCUGAUUUUCUUGGAGUGAACAAAUCUGAUGAAAACCAAUCUGAAUUAGUCCAUUACAACGAAAUCCAAUCGAACGAUUCAGAUUAUCUUUUUCAAAACAAUAGCCUUAUGCCAAUGCAAAAUGCUUUAGCUCCAACAGGCAACUAUGAACUUCAAGAAAAUGCUUGUAAUAUUCAAUCUUUGACAUUAUCAAUGGGAAGUGGAAAAGGUUCAACUAGUGAAACAAGUGCUAGUCCAAGUGUUGCCACUACUACAGCAAAUGCAAGUGAAAAUAGUAAUACUAGUAUUGUUGAAGCUGUACCUAGAAGGACUUUGGAUACUUUUGGCCAAAGAACAUCAAUUUAUAGAGGUGUAACUAGACAUAGAUGGACAGGAAGAUAUGAAGCACAUCUAUGGGAUAAUAGCUGUAGAAGGGAAGGGCAAUCAAGAAAGGGUCGUCAAGUGUACUUGGGAGGGUAUGAUAAGGAGGAGAAGGCAGCUAGGGCUUAUGAUCUUGCUGCAUUGAAAUACUGGGGAACAUCUACCACUACUAAUUUCCCAAUUAGCAACUAUGAGAAGGAACUGGAAGAUAUGAAGCACAUGACAAGGCAAGAAUUUGUUGCUGCAAUUAGAAGGAAGAGUAGUGGGUUCUCCAGGGGUGCAUCAAUGUAUCGUGGUGUAACAAGGCACCACCAGCAUGGAAGAUGGCAAGCAAGGAUUGGAAGAGUUGCUGGAAACAAAGAUCUCUACUUGGGAACUUUCACUACUGAGGAAGAAGCAGCAGAAGCAUAUGACAUAGCAGCAAUAAAAUUCAGAGGCUUAAAUGCAGUGACAAAUUUCGACAUGAAUCGUUAUGAUGUGAAAGCUAUACUCGAAAGCAACACUCUUCCUAUAGGAGGAGGAGCAGCAAAAAGGCUAAAAGAAGCACAAGCUCUUGAAUCCUCAAGAAAAAGAGAUCAAGAAAUGAUAGCUCUAAACUCAAGUUUCCAAUAUGGUAACUCAAGUAAUUCUUCAAAUAACCCUUUACACGCCUAUCCUUUAUUGCAACAACAGCCCUUUAGUAUUGAAUCUCAUCAACCCUUAAUGACUCUCCAAAAUCAAGAAUCAUCACUUUUUCACCAGAGUUAUCUCCAAACACAACUUCAACUUCACCCCGCAUCGCAGAAUACUCAUUACGAUUCUACUCAUCAAUUCUACAACAAUUAUCUUCAGAGUAAUCCGGUUUUCUUGCAUGGGUUGAUGGAGAAUGGUGGAGGAAGUUCGAGUACUGGAAGUUACAGUACUGGAGGAUAUUUUGGUAAUUCAACUGGACUCGGCGUUAUAAGUUCAAAUUCAAAAUCAGGUAAUGGAGUAGGAGGAGGAAAUGGAGAGGAAGUUGCACUUGUGAAAGUUGAUUAUGAUAAUAUGCCAGUUACUGGAAGUAAUUACAAUGGUUGGUCAGGAGAUUCAUCAGUUCAAGGAUCAAAUCCUGGUGUUUUCUCAAUGUGGAAUGAUUGAGAAAUAUUAACAAGAGGUGGGUGAUAUAAUUGUUACGUGCAUGGUAACGUGAAUUUUCUUGAAAAUGGCUGACGAAAUGUUUUGUGGGAUUAUGUUUAACAUAGAUUUAUAUGCAAUGCUAGCAAUUAAGUUUAAGUUCGUUUUUGUUUCAUGUUUUUAUUUUUAUGAGAGUUUUGCUCGGACCAACUGACGAAUGGAUUCUAGUUUCUUCCAAUA